ACUUUCUUCGGCCUUUUGGCUUAUAGAAUUCGUUCGUUCGUUUAAACUACGGAGAGUACACGUCGUGUGCGAUUUAUUGCAAAAAAACUAAAAACGUGAAAAUUCCCUUGGAUUUAUAAAACAAACAGUGUGUGCCGUAAUUGUCCAGAAGCUUUAACCAUAUACCUGCUGUUUUACACAAAUAAUAUUAACGAAUAUUAAUUUCCACUUCUGCAAAAAUGACAGACUCAAUGAAAUUUGGUCCUGAAUGGCUUCGUAACAUGUCUGCGGAUAACACAAGUUCUAGUCUAUUGUCUAGUGGAAGCACUGCUGGUGGAGGUACCGUGAUGUCCACUUCAUCCAAUUCAAACAACGGUGGUAAUGGAAGUGGUCAUCAAUCAUUUGAAAUAACUUCAAGUGUGUCAUCACCAGUAAUUAGUCAAUUUUCUUAUGCUUUAGCUCCUCGAAAUACAUUUCCAGAAUUCCGUUAUGGCCGUGAAGAAAUGCUGUCAUUAUUCGAUAAAAACUAUAACAUGCCUGAAAUACUACCAACGUUUAAGAAAAUAUUUGUUGAAAAGGUGCAGUUACCACUAGCUCUUAUACCAAGUACAGAUGAGGAACUGCUGCCACAGGUUCCACCGGUUACAGCACAACGAGCUUCAUGGAUGCAACGAUCACCAGUUGGUUUCAAUACCUCUACAAGAAGCGGGGGAAGAGGGGGUUCUGUAGACCGUGGUCGGAUGCGAGGUAAGCCAAAUUAUCAUCAAUUAUACCAACGACCAAUACCUAUGUUUGGCGAAGAUGAUCCACGAUCAAUAACAGCGAAGACUGAACGCGGGUGGCCGGAACGGAAUGGGGGAGGCGAUUCUUUAAGCACAGGGGGCGGCAAUAUGUGUGGCAUCAGCUCAAGUUCAGAUUGGAGUGGUACUCCAAUUUCAAGUCCGCGAAAAGAAUUUUCUAGCCACCCAAGGAACUUGGAAAAUUGGCGUCGUAAUCGCAACGAGGAUGGUUCGGGCGAUGCUCCUAGCAGUGGGUUGGGCAGUACUGAAGGUUGGCGCGGUAAUAGUGGCACAGGCGGUAAUUUCGCAGUAACUCAUCGUUGGGGGCGUUCGGCAAGCUGGCGUGACGAAGAUAUGGCAUCGGCUAAUAUUGAUAUGGGGUAUAGCGGAAGUGGACAUAAUUUGACGAUGCAACGUUCCUACUCUACCAUAACUACUGUGAACGAACGUGGAGGCUAUAAUAGCAGUUCAGCAAAAUCACUACAGAAUUCGUCAAACGGUUUUAGCACCAACCAAGCUUCCGGUCGAACUUUCAACAUCUUAUCUGGUUUAAAUACACCGAUAACACGCUCUUCUCAAUGGAAUAAUCAUAGUGCAAGUAUAGGUAACUCUUCAAGUGGAGAGGGAGAAGACAAUUUGCCGGAAUGGGCUAUGGAAAACCCAUUGGAGGGCGGUGGAACAUUUGAUUCAAGUGGAGCAUUUCACGGUUCUGUGGACGAUACUGAAAAUGAAAGUAAUGAGAAACAAAGCCGAAAAAAAAGUGAUUCCAGUAGUGAAAGCUCUGCACGUAAUAAUGAAGGGAGUAGCGUGAGAGACAGCAAAUCUUUGGAGACUCCAACAGGGAGAACAACAGCAUCUCUUGAAAACAAAAGCAAUAUGUCUGACACUUCUGAACACUCACCUCCAUGUACACCUGUAGAAAGUUUAAUAGCACUGCCUAGUGAAAAAUCGUCACAACCAAAAUCGGAGACUAUUGCACAAAAACCAAAAACGACAAAACAUUUUUCACCCAAAACCCAACAAAAUUCGGACAUGCGUAGUAGAGAUGUAACACCUACAACAGUUACAUCUUCAAAUUUGUCUUUCUACAGCACUGACAAUGCGGCUAAUAAAAUAAGUACUACUUCUGGCGGUAGUGCCAGUGUUCAUCGUGAUCUGUCAGAUCGUAUGAGGGAGGUUACUGAUAAUAUGAUUGAAAAGUUGAUUAUGGAAGAUGAUACCAUCGGCAUUAGUGAUAAUAAUAACCGAAAUGAAAUCAAACAGGAUGUUCCACCCUUACCAGUGCAGGUCACCGUAGCACCUCUCACCCCUGCAGCUAAUAACUUAUGUGCUCCUAAUGUUUUUACAACAGUAGCUGCCAUGCUUAAGCAACCGCCGCAACAACCGAACGAAGGUCCAGUGUCUAUUUCUCCGACUUUAGCACCAGUCCUCAUGGAUGGUCUUCACAAGGGCAUACAACUUUUCGGUGGAGGAAUAGUAGUGGAUCAUGCUACAAUGCAGCACCACCACAUGCAGCAGCAGCAGCAACUGGCAGCUGCUGCAAAAGCAAAUAUUUCGGCAGUUGGUCAUUCUUCUCAUGGUAUAAAUUCUACAACGUUAACAGCAGGACCAUCUGACCUUUGGUAUUAUAGAGAUCCUCAAUCAAAAGUUCAAGGUCCAUUCACAGCGAUCGAAAUGACGGAAUGGUAUCGAGCUGGCUACUUUAAUGAGAAUUUGUUUGUACGCCGAUUUUGUGAUACGCAUUUUCGUUCUUUGGGGGAGUUGAUAAAGAUUUGCAAUGACAAUAUGCCUUUUACUCACAGCCAUCUAAUACCAGAUGUAGAUAAUAUGCAUUUAGCUAAUCCUCCUGUAGUAGGGCAAGACCAAAAGCCCCAAACAUCUGGAGAUUAUAAUCUAAAGCAACAGACUCAUCAGCAAACUGAACGACAUCAACAACAACGUGAUCAAAUUAAAAGCAAUUUGAGUCCUUCAGCUGAUUUUUUAAGCGGCAAUGUUAAAAAUCUUAUACCUGUUGACGUUUCCAAUAUGUACUUCCAGAUGUUACGUCACCAAGAGAUAUUGAUAUUUAAUGAAUUAUCGGAAAAUGAAUGUUUCCAACAACUUACACCUUCAGAAAAAGAUGCCGUGGUACGACAAAAACUGCAACUGUUUGUAGAAUAUUUGCCUAAUAGGUCUGGUUUAAGUAAUUCAUUAGCGGCAAUAAAUCAUUCGGGGACGACAAACCAAUUGUAUGACAUAAUGGAUGGUGCCAAAAAAGACGUAGUGUUUAGUGGCACUGUUACCGCAGGAUAUUCAAAUCUUCCACAGCAGCCGCCACCGAACACAUUUUUGGAACAUGAUGAUUUUCUUCUGAAUAGACAACAGCGCCCACAACCUAUUCAAACUGUAUUUAAUAAUGAUCCAUUUGCUAAUAUGUUGCCAAGUGUCGUGGAAAAUAGUAGUUCCGUGAAACUAAAUCGUGUAAUUGAGGACCAGGCGGGAAAUGAGUUACUUAAUAAUUUUAAUAUGAGAAUGUUUUUACCUUCAAGUAAUGGUGAUCAUCCUAUACUUUCAAAUCCAAAACCUCAAGAGUUUAUUGAUGCUAAUAAUGCUGAUUUUCUGAAUGAAGCACAAUUGUUAGUUGCCAGAAAUUCUUUGGGUCAAAAUAAUUCUCUCGCCCAUUCAUGGCUACCACCGAUAGCUAAUCGAGCUCCACAUCAAUCUUCCAAUGAAUGGCAAAAUAAUUUAUUGGUGGGAAUACCUAUGACAGUUACGUCGGGUUGUAACACUAACACCGCCAAUGCAAAUAAUAUGACACAAGAAAUUCAGCAACAGGCGGAACAACGUCCGAAAAAAAUAAUUCCGGUAUCUAUGUGGGAUUUGUCCACUUUGGCGCACACUCAAGGCGAUCAGAUAAAAACAGAGCAGCAAGUGAAAUGCGAACCCCCAAACUAUGAAAAUCAUAAAUCUUCAAAUGUACUACCUACGCUUCCUAGGCAAGAUCAUGCCAGCGCAAAUGAUGGUCAGCCCAAUAAGUCCUCUACUAGUCUUGAUAAACAUACUGAUACACCAACAGAAAUUCACCAGCAAAACUCACCAACACUGACACUGCCAACAGCAUCAUCUGUGACAAAACUGCCAAAAGAUGAAACUGUUGGUAAACACCAUAAUAUUAGUACAAAACGUGCGAUCAAGCAACAGCUUGUAACCAGUAAGAACUCAAAGGUGUCUGAGGAUAGUGCUUGUAGCAAAAAAAAUGAAGAGGAUCGGCGUCGAGAUCAAACUGAAGAUAAGCGUCGGCAGAAGGAGGAAAAGAAACGCCAGCAAGCAGAUGAGGAAAAACGCCGCCAACAACAAUUAGAUGAUGAAAAGCGUCGACAAAUGCUUGAAGAAAAAGAACGGCAGCAGCAGAUCCAAGCACAACGGCGACAAGCAAUGCUAGGAAAUAACGCCAAUGUAAAUAAUUCUUCUGGUUUAGCUGAAUCUGGGAAUUCAAGUUCUAAACUUCCUAAAGAAAAUCAGCGUAUACAAUCAUCGGUUGCACCAUGGUCCGCUCAAAGCAAUGCAGCAUCUUUAAAAGAUGGGCCAUGUCUAGCUGAAAUACAAAAAGCUGAAAGACGGGAACGCCAAAUGGAACAGCGUCAAAUGGAAAUGUUUCUCAAACGAGUUCGUGCUAGUGCCACCGCUGCUGUUGAAGCAUUUGAUUCUAUGUUAAAAUGGAACGCACCUGUAAGGGACGUCCCCGUUAAAAGUUUUGCCGAAAUACAAGCAGAAGAAGCUAAGCGAUUAGCCAACGAACAGACUAUGAUGCAGCGUCGCAAAGAACAAGAACAGCAGCAAGCGACGGUUGCCAUGAGUGCAACAAGUAAUGCGGGUGGAGGUCCCAAUAAUAUUUCGGCUAUAUGGUCAAGCACAAAAGUUUGGGGUUCAACAAGCACAACUGGUUUCUGGGAAGAACCUGUCAAAUUUAGUGCUGCGGUUGCUGCUAAUAACAAUUCUAGUAGAGGGAUUCCCUAUAGUUCUAAACAAUCUUCAACCGGACAACAAAAAGUGUCACCAUCUGGUUCUGCCUGUAACACAACCGUUGCUGUUAGUGGGCCAAUUGCAAACCAACAACAAAAUACCUUACGUAACUUACGUAAAAGUCAAACUGUGUCCAUUAUGCAAAGUGCUGGAACCCAAAAUGAUAAAAGUUCUAAGAACAAUAACCAACAACCAAGUAACAAUGCAGGAAAACCAGGCCCAACUAAUAAAACUCAAUCACAAAAAGCUAGUGGAAAUAAUGCUGAUGGUGGUAGUGGGGCUGAUAAAAGAGCCUUUAAUAAAAAUUCAUCGAACAAUGGGUCUAGCCGUGUCACCGCCCCUAACAAUAAACGAGAUGACUAUGAGACCGAGUUUAUUGCCUGGUGUACAAAAAGUCUGAACAACAUGAAUACAAAACUGGAUGUGCCUACUUUUGUAACAUUUUUACGAGACUUGGAAUCACCAUAUGAAGUUAGAGACUAUAUACGAAUGUAUUUAGGUGAAAAUAAAGAGUCUACCGACUUUGGGAAGCAGUUUCUCGAACGCCGGAGCAAAUAUAAAAAUUUGCAACGUGCACAAAACGCUCAUAAUGAUGACAUGUGUAAGCCAGCACCUGCCAUAACACCAUCUGGCAAUGAUACUUCCGACAAUAAGGGAAAACAAAAGAAAGUCAAGAAGAAUAAAAUGACUAAACUGGAUGCGCGCAUUUUGGGCUUUUCCGUUACUGCUGCAGAAGGUCGCACGAAUGUUGGAGAUAGAGUGUACGUAGAUGCGCCAUAAAUGUAGAGCCCGAAAAAAUUUUGAAACACUUCAAAACGCGCAAAGAAUUUAGCUCUUGGAGAUUUUACCCCGAACUGAAACACCAGCUGAGAAACAAGGGCUUAUAAUAUUUUAACGUAAUAGCUUUUAUGAAAUGAAACGAAUAACCACAUUUAUUUUGUUUCCAUUUACAAU